AUGAUCUGUUCUCCGAAGCCUACUUCUCUAUCCACUCUCGAUGUCUACUUGCGCGUCUAUACAGGUCUCGUUCGCACGCGCGACUAUGCAGGCUUUCUUUGCAUGCACGAUCAUAUAGGUCUCGCUUGCGUGCGCGAUCAUGCAGGUCUUCGUACACGCGCAAUCAUACAGAUCUUGCUUUCGCGCGCCACCAUGCAGCAAAUCUCACUUGCAAUUGUUUUCGAACAAAGUUUAUGGUUUUGUAUAUUACAGGAAUUUCGGGUUGCUAUUAUUUAUGGUUGGACUCAGUUGCAAAGAAAUAUUGUUCCUGUUAAAAUCGGUGACAGUGAAUGCAUGAGAAAAGCUUACUGUCCAAAAGACGAGGUGACAAUUCUAUUAAGACCGGAAAGUCGAACGAAACCACCAUUGCUCUGUUUGAGUAAUAAAAGAUUGUUCGAUAGUUCGAAAUUGGUAAGAGGAUUAAAUAUCGCUAUUUUGAAUAGUGACAAAAGCGUGGCCGGUGUACAUUAUUUAAGCGUUCAAGAUAGUGAUUUUUCUGUUAUGAAGUUGUUGGCACAAGUACAUAGUUAUGAAAUUAUAGUGGGAACUUCGUAUGGUGACGUUUCAUCGAAGAUCUCGGCUGAAACGCGGCAGUUAUUGCGUUUGUUCGGUCUGUCACUUGCGCAGUACAAAACACAGAGCAGCAUACUUUUUGUGGGACAAUUAGGUCUGCCAGUUCCAGCAGCUUUUGAAAAGGUCGUCUCAAUGGAAAUAAUAGAGCCGAAAUAUUAUGUCAGAUGUUUGAAAUCACCGAUGGGAGAACUGUCAAAUGUUACGAUACAAGUACCGGAAGCACAUCAUAUCGAUGAGCAUGUUGUUGCUCAACUAUCAGCUGUAAAAGGACAGAAAACGAAUGUAAAAUUGGGUGAAGAAUUACCUAACUGCGGUCAUUCAGAGAAUUGUUCAGAAGAUGAAAUUCCGAUGCUUUUUUAUUCGGGAAAGGACAAAGAUGAUUCGCCUCAGUUGUGUGUUAAUGGAAGGUUAAUAAUAGAUCGAGAUCUGAACUCUGCUGGUCGUGGACUGAAUUUGGUUGUAAUUGAUUCCAAAACUCAUCAAGUAAUGCGUACUGGGCACUAUGAUACUUAUCUUGAAGAUAGUUCGGGAUUAGUUUUGUUUUUGGAGCAACUAUCACCCGGAGAGAUUGUUGCUGUAAUCAGUUUUGAUGAAGCAUCGAACAGCCUAUCAGACAUGGCAAAACAUGUUUUCUACGAGUUAGGUUCAAGCCUUAUAUAUCGCUUGAAAUUUCGUGCUUCAUGGUAUUUCAUUGGGCAGAAAGGAAUUGAUGGUUACACACCAUUCGAGGAUAUGAAUUUACCAUCUGGCAAUGACUGGGCUAAACCGAUUAGACAAACUAUUUGUGUACCCUCAUUGUUGGAUGGACUCAAAACAGUAAAAAAUCGUUUGCCAAAGGCCCAAAAUAUGCUGCGAAGACAUUUUUGCUCACGGUACGAUGGUUAUGAAGACUUUUGUGACGAAAGCCGCCUCGAUGUCCCAUUAGUACCACGUAGUGGUCAGACUCAUAUACCAUCGACUGAUCCCAUUUAUUCGGUUCCAAUAUUACUAGCUGGAGGUUUGAAUAUGAAUAAUAUACGUCUGUGCUUGGAAAGCAUUUACGAUCAAGCUGGUAUUAAUCCGCAAAACGUUGUUGUUGCAUUUGAUUCCAUUUAUGGUGAAAUAUCAGAUUUGAGUGCAUUAUUUCAUGUAAGAGCUUUGCCAAUCAACAACUCCGCUUCUUAUAACGAUUUCGUGCUGGAGGGUAUCGAUCACAUGAUGACCCUGUUCCCACAUACACCAUGUCUAAUUGUUAUUGAAGAAGACAUGGUUUUGUUACCUGGUUUUUUAUAUUUCCUUGCGCAGCUAUUGCCACACUUCUUGAAGGACAACACUGCGAACUUUAUUCUUACGCUCAACGAGAACACUGUUAAAAAUCGUGGUGUGGAUGUUUCUUCCGUAUAUCGUAUUGAAAAUGGUGCUGCAGCUGGUGCUUACAUGUUGAAAAAAUCGUUUCAUGAUAAAUUUAUAAAAAAUCGACAGUGUUGUGAAAGAACGAAAUUUGGUUGGCUGAUUUCCGUUAUCUCAUAUAUAGCCGCUGCAUCGCGUGUUGAACAUAUCAAAACACUUGAUUUGAUUGCGUUGACGAAAGGUAAUGAAGCGCCAACGGAAUUACCUGAAAAUAGUGAUAACCAUUUGCUGAAUGGAGAUGAAAAAGUUGGAAAUGCAGAUCGAUUAAAUGAAGGAAGCUAUGACGCGGAAUUGAGAAAAAUUGUUGAUAGUGGUCGAAAAUAUUAUGUGAACGGUUAUAUUAAUUGUCAUGACGAUAUGUUCAGCGCACAUGAUAGGAGCGAUUCCAAUACUACUGUUCUUUCCAUUGUUAUUAUAUAUGAUGAAAGUACGAGUGCACUGUCACAAUUAGCUCGGUGUUUUGAUUUACAUAUUACGAAGAAUUAUCCGUUAGGUUCAUACAAAGGAAUCACACGAUUCUCAACCACAUACUCAUCGUACUUGCUGGUUGCAAGCAAUAGUCCUUUUCUUGUGAAAUCUCAAAAUCUCACGUCGACAUCGUAA